GCGUUUGACGACUUUAUUAGGGAAAAGAGUAAAUUGUUUCUGUGUCGAGGUGUGGUAUCAAAGCAAUCUACAUUCGGGAUAGAUUUUCUUUUCUCUUAAUAUUAAGUUAAUUCUAGUGAAAUAGUAUUUAUUUCAAACAAAAAGGGCAAAAAAUGACUAGUCGUUUGCCUGCUUGUGUUGUUGAUGUUGGAACUGGAUACACGAAAAUUGGCUAUGCGGGCAAUAAAGAGCCACAAUUUAUAAUCCCAUCAGCGAUUGCUGUGCGUGAAUCGGCCCGAGUUGGUGAGCAAACACUUCGACGAGUCGGCAAAAAUACCGCAGACGAUUUGGAUUUUUUCAUUGGCGAUGAAGCAUUUGACGUUGGCAAGACAUAUGCGGUGAAAUAUCCGGUGCGUCAUGGUCUAGUUGAAGACUGGGAUUUAAUGGAACGUUUUAUGGAGCAAUGCAUUUUCAAAUAUUUACGCGCCGAACCCGAAGAUCAUCAUUUUUUAUUGACCGAACCACCGCUAAAUACACCAGAAAAUCGUGAAUACACCGCUGAAAUUAUGUUCGAAACAUUUAAUGUGCCCGGCUUAUACAUUGCUGUACAAGCAGUUUUAUCGUUGGCCGCAAGUUGGGCAUCACGUCCAAUCAACGAACGUACAUUGACCGGAAUUGUUGUUGAUAGUGGCGAUGGUGUUACACACGUUAUUCCAGUUGCCGAAGGAUAUGUUAUUGGCUCAUGCAUAAAACAUAUCCCAAUUGCCGGUCGUAAUAUCACCUCAUUCAUUCAGACACUGUUACGCGAUCGUGAAUUUAAUAUUCCACCCGAACAAAGUAUGGAGACAGCCAAAGCAAUCAAAGAACGAUACAGUUAUAUUUGUCCAGAUAUUGUAAAAGAAUUCACGAAAUACGAUAACGAACCGAACAAAUGGAUUCGCCAAUUUGAAGGUAUCAAUUCAGUAACAAAGAAACCAUUCAAUGUUGAUGUUGGCUACGAACGAUUUUUGGGCCCAGAGAUUUUCUUCCAUCCGGAAUUUUCGAACCCCGAUUUUACAACGCCUAUCAAUGAAAUCGUAGAUAAUGUUAUUCAGAAUUGUCCGAUUGAUGUUCGACGUCCGUUAUACAAUAAUAUCGUUUUGAGCGGUGGUUCAACCAUGUUUAAAGACUUUGGAAAGCGUUUACAGCGUGAUAUAAAACGGGCAGUCGAUGCUCGUCUUAAAAUAAGCGAACAAUUGAGUGGAGGACGAUUAAAACCAACGCCAAUUGAUGUUCAAGUCAUUUCACAUCAUAUGCAACGAUAUGCCGUUUGGUUUGGCGGUAGCAUGCUAGCAUCCACACCGGAAUUCUAUGAAGUUUGUCAUACAAAAGCAGCGUAUGAAGAGUAUGGACCGGGAAUUUGCAGAUAUAAUCCCGUAUUUGGGACAAUGACAUAAUCUAGUUAAAAAAUUGCUGUGUGUUUGUGUUUAUUUUAGAAUAAACAGAAAAAAACUGCCAAUUUGUCAUAAAUAUUAUAAUUAUAAGAAUAAUUUAAAACGAAACAAAAACAAAACUAGUGAAAAUCACAAGCAACUAAGUCUCAGCUAUACCGCAAUAUUAAAACAAGAAUGUAUGAAUUAUAAUAUAUAGUUUGAAAAUACUGAAUUUACCAAAUCUACACAAAACAAAUAUAUUGAA